AUGUAAAAUUGCAAUAAUUAAUUUCAAUAUGAUAAAAAAUUAAUCCCAAGAAGAUAUUUGACCUUUCCCAACGAAGGGCUUUAAAAUGAUUUUAAUGAUAAUAUAGAAUCAGAUCUAAUAAUGAAAGUAAAUGAUACAUUAAUAAAUUCAUAAAAAUAAACUGAAUAUGUUAUACAUGAUCUUUUAGGAAAAGGAACUUUUGGGUAAGUAGUAAGAUGUAGUAUAUUAGGUUAAAAUGAUGUUGUUGCAAUAAAAGUCAUAAAAAAUAAACCUGCAUAUUUUUAAUAGGCUAAAUCUGAAAUUUUAUUGCUAAGGCUAUUAAAUAAAUAAGAAAAUGAAAUAUUGAAAUAAAUAUAAAAUGUAAAUGAAUCUUACAAAAUAGUUAAAUUAAUAGAUUUUUUUAUUUUUAAAUAUCAUUUCUGUUUAGUUUUUGAAAUUUUGGACCUUUCUUUAUAUGACAAUAUUAAAAACAAUAAAUUUUAAGGGUUUUCAUUUGAGUAAAUUUCUUAAUGGGGGCGAUAAAUUCUACAAGGAAUGAUUAUUACAGAAUCUAAAUAAAUCAUACAUUGUGAUUUAAAACCUGAAAAUAUAAUGAUAAAAAAAAAUAAUGAAUUAAAAAUUAUUGAUUUUGGAUCUGCGUGUUAAGAAGAAAAUAGAAUUUAUACAUAUAUUUAGAGUAGAUUUUAUAGAGCUCCAGAAAUCCUUUUGGGAAUCAAAUAUACGAUUUCUAUUGAUAUGUGGUCUUUGGGUUGUAUUUUGGCUGAAUUGUUUUUGGGUUUACCGAUUUUUCCUGGCAAUUGUGAAUAUGAUUAAAUUAAAAGAAUUGUGGAUGUUCUUGGAUAUUUUAAAAAAAAGAAUUCCUCCUAAUAAUAUAAUUGA